AUGACUGGAUCCGACGCCACGGACGAAGAAUUGGAUGGCGAAUACGACGAUUACCUGGAGGAGAAGGCGCCUGCGCCAGCGGUGGUGACACCCGAGACUCCGGAAGAUGCAGUGAUAUCCGCGGGGCGCAGCGGGGGCUCGCGCUCCCUGGCGCGCAGUCUUGCGAGCGAGUUGGAAGACGACGCGCCUCCCGUCUCGCGCAACCUCGCGGACGAACUGGAUGAUGUGGAUGGCCCUGAGACAGCGUAUGAUGACAUGGAAGAGUUUGAAGACCGCGUCGACGACUCCCGAUCGCCGGUGCUGGCGACUCAAGUGACCGAGCAAACCUCGGGCAACCGGCCACCGAUGAAUGGAGACACUCCGGCAGCCAACAAGUACUCACUCGGCCGAUGCUUUGAAGCAAUGCGUGCGAGCGAAUGGGGUCGACUCUUCGAGCCGCGCAUGAUCCGCCAAGCGGUGUGGGCCGACCUGAGCCACGAGUUGGCGCGACUGGUGAAUGCGGUCACAGUUGAGCAAGUGGCGAAGGACACGGUGACGUUCCUGAAGGCGUUGGGUCUCCGGCCCACGCUUGCCGCGUCGCCGUCGACUCUGGAGAGUUUCCUGCCCGCGGGAGCCGAGCUCUGGCAAUGGAAGAAGAAGUUGUGUACAGCCUUCGAGAUGACCCCCUUCUCUUUGGAGCUGCCGAAGGCGGCUCGCACCAACAAGGGCGGCGCUGACCCAGCGCGCGUCCCGCUGAUCCCGACGUUCUCGGGCGCUCGCAACAGGGGCGAGAACUCGAUGCAGUGGUUGCGCGCGUUUGUGUACGAGAUGAAAGGUACACACCCGCCGCCCAAUGAAUGGUGCAUGCCCUUCGAGCUCCGCCUGAGAGACGGCGCUGUACAUUGGCACCGACAACUGACCAAGAAGCCCAAGCGAACCUGGUGUGGUGUAGGGAACAUCAAGUUUUGUGUCACACUCCACAGCCGCAGUGGAAUAACGUACCAGGAGCCAAGUACUACGGGAUGCCGAGCUCAGUGGGCAAGAAUGCGCUGA